AUGGGCUCUCUGUUCACCGUCGACCCUGACCAGCCUUACGCCGUCUGGGCCACCCCGGGCAAGCCCAAGUACUUUGGCACCCCGGACCCAAGUGUCCCUCCUCCUGCCGACCUCGAGUUCCGCCUGCUCAUCGCUAACCCGGCCGGCAGCCCUCACUGGUUCGAAGGCCCCAACAUCCUCCACGUGCCCCUCACCAUGGGUCUCAUCGCCCUGGUCGAGCGCCUCCGCGAGUUCCUGCCCAAGGACCCGGCCCCGGAGCCUUCUUCUUCCAGCCAUCACCACAGCAAGCUGAUGAACCUCAUCCACCGCGGCUCUCGCAGCAACCCCAAGUGUCCCCGCCUCAUCCACGCGCGCCUCUACCUCACGCGCAACCCUGACGGCGCCGUCGUCCCCAUGGACCGGGCCUCGCGCCGCAACCGGCCCAACGAGGAGCUCGAUUACGGCUGGGACUUCAGCCACUGCUUCGGCUACGUCGACCUCGUGCCCCGGCUGGAGCAGGACUGGCGAAUGGUCCGCGAGCUCAUCGUCGCUGCUCGGGGGCAGUACAAGGUGUUUAUUGCCAUCAAGGGCGAUAAUGCUUAG